AUGUCAGCUCUGGUCCUAGAGAGCGGAGCCUUGGGCAGGAAAUUCAGCGACUUUGGACAGGAAACAAACUACAUUGAAGGCAACUCUGAUCAAAAUGCUGUAUCGCUGAUCUUCUCACUCAAAGAAGAAGUUGGUGCACUGGCCAAAGUUUUACGUUUAUUUGAGGAGAAUGAUAUAAACCUGACCCACAUUGAAUCAAGACCUUCACGUUUAAGGAAAGACGAGUAUGAAUUUUUCACCAAUCUGGAUCAACGCAGCGUGCCUGCCCUGGCAAACAUCAUCAAGAUCUUGAGACAUGACAUUGGUGCCACCGUGCACGAGCUUUCCCGGGAGAAGAAGAAAGACACAGUGCCCUGGUUUCCAAGAACCAUUCAGGAACUCGACAACUUUGCCAAUCAGAUUCUCAGCUAUGGAGCUGAACUGGACGCAGAUCACCCGGGAUUUAAAGAUCCUGUAUACCGAGCAAGACGGAAGCAAUUCGCUGACAUUGCCUACAACUAUAGACACGGGCAGCCCAUUCCUCGAGUGGAAUACACAGAGGAAGAAAAGAAAACAUGGGGGACGGUGUUCAGGACCCUGAAGUCCUUGUAUAAGACCCACGCUUGCUAUGAGCACAACCACAUUUUUCCCCUUCUGGAAAAGUAUUGCGGCUUCCGUGAAGAUAACAUUCCCCAGCUCGAAGAGGUUUCUCAAUUUCUGCAGAGUUGCACUGGUUUCCGCCUCCGACCGGUGGCUGGCCUGCUUUCUUCUCGGGAUUUCUUGGGUGGCCUGGCUUUCCGAGUCUUCCACUGCACUCAGUACAUCAGACAUGGGUCUAAGCCCAUGUAUACACCAGAACCGGACAUAUGCCAUGAGCUCUUGGGACAUGUACCUUUGUUUUCGGAUCGCAGCUUUGCCCAGUUUUCCCAGGAGAUCGGCCUUGCCUCCCUGGGUGCACCUGACGAGUACGUUGAGAAACUUGCAACAAUUUACUGGUUUACUGUGGAGUUUGGGCUCUGCAAGCAAGGAGACUCCAUAAAGGCAUAUGGUGCUGGGCUCCUGUCAUCCUUUGGUGAAUUACAGUACUGCCUAUCAGGCAAGCCGAAGCUCCUUCCUCUGGAACUAGAGAAGACCGCUGUCCAGGAGUAUACGAUCACAGAGUUCCAGCCUCUGUAUUAUGUGGCUGAGAGUUUUAAUGAUGCCAAGGAGAAAGUGAGGAACUUUGCUGCCACAAUCCCACGGCCCUUCUCAGUUCAUUAUGACCCAUACACUCAACGGAUUGAGGUCUUGGACAACACCCAGCAACUUAAGAUUUUGGCUGACUCCAUCAGUAGUGAAGUUGAAAUCCUUUGCAGUGCCCUCCAGAAAUUAAAGUGA